AUGGCGCCUUCGGCAGAUACAUCUUUUGCUGCUCAUUCGUCUGCGCAAUUCGCAUCUUACGAAAAAGACCGACAGCUGACUUCUCAAGAUACCAUUUACGCCACAAGCAAUGGCGUCCCUAUGCCUCAUCCCUACGAAACUCAACGAGUCGGCGAAAAUGGGCCUCUAUUGCUUCAAGACUUUCAUUUGAUUGACCUACUGUCCCAUUUUGACCGUGAGCGAAUUCCUGAGCGAGUCGUGCAUGCCAAGGGUAGUGGUGCUCAUGGCUUCUUCGAAUGUACCAACCCCAUUCCCGAACUCACACAAGCCGACAUCUUUUCCACCAAAGGCAAAAAGUGCCCAGUCACUGCUCGAUUCUCGACCGUGGGUGGAGAGUCCGGUUCCCAUGACUGCGCUCGAGACCCACGAGGUUUCUCUGUCAAGUUCAGGACAGAGGAUGGGAAUUGGGAUAUGGUUGCCAACAACACGCCAGUCUUCUUCCUGCGGGAUCCUGCCAAAUUCCCCCAUUUUAUUCAUACACAAAAACGCGAUCCUGCGACUCAUCUGACUCAUGCGGACGAUUCUACGAUGUUCUGGGAUUAUUUGUCGCAAAACCCUGAAUCAAUUCACCAGGUCAUGAUUCUCAUGGGGGAUCGCGGUAUUCCGGAUGGCUACAGGUUCAUGCACGGAUAUUCUGGCCACACGCUCAAGUUUGUCAACAAGCAAGGUGAUUGGGUGUACACACAGGUGCAUUUCAAGUCACAGCAGGGUACCAAGUUUAUUACUCAGGAGGACUCUGCCAACUAUUCCCCAGACUACUCCCAAAAGGACUUGUUCGAAGCGAUUGAGCGUGGAGAAUACCCAAAAUGGGACGUCUCGAUCCAGACGAUGACUUCAAAGCAAUCUGAGGAAGUCUGGAGGGAUCAAGGCAUCAAUGUCUUCGAUUUGACCCAUGUAUGGCCGCAAGGCCAAUUCCCAUUGACAAAGGUUGGAGAAUUCACGCUCAAUGAGAAUGCCAGAAACUACUUUGCCGAGGUCGAGCAAGUGGCUUUCAACCCUUCGCAUAUGAUACCUGGUAUCGAGCCCUCAGCAGACCCCGUCCUGCAGUCGCGGCUCUUCUCAUACGCAGAUACUCAUCGUCACAGGCUUGGUGUCAACUACCAACAGUUACCUGUCAAUGCGCCACGCACUGCUUACAAGUUUGGCAACUUCCAGCGGGAUGGUCAAAUGGCCUUCUUCAACCAAGGUUCCCGGCCAAACUACCUGAGUUCCAUUGAACCAAUCAAGUUCAAGGCUCGCACUGUGGAUUUGGACAAGACCCAUGGACAAUUUGUUGGUGAUGCCGUUACUUUCUUGUCGGAGAUUCAACCAGCAGAUUUCAAUGCGCCUCGAGCCUUGUGGCAGCGUGUGUUUGACGAAUCCGCCCGCGAACGGUUCAUCAAUAAUGUCUCGGGAAAAAUGGAGCUUUGCAAGGAUAAGGAGAUCCUUAAGCGACAAAUUGCAAUCUUUCGCGAAGUUGAUGACGAUAUUGCCAAGAGACUUGAGAAGGCCACGGGCAUAAAAGGCUAUGACGGUAUUUCAAGCUUGUCUUUCAAUGGCACCCAUAAUGGUAUGACUAAGGACUCAAAAUUGAUGACUGCCAACGGCAUCACCUUGGCCAAGGGUACCAAUCUUGGUCACAACAACGGCGCGCCUUGCGGUAAUGGCACACAUCUGCACAGCAACGGUGUCAAUGGUGCCAAUGGUAUCCGUGUAUAA